AUGGCCGCUAUCAUCCAAACACCGACAAUAAUGUCCAUAGAAAGAGAGCCAUCUACCUUUCUAGAGGGCUUUUUUCAACACGUCCAAAGUCUUGCUCAGGACAGUUCGUACCAAUAUCUUAGGGGGGUCCUCGAGGAAAACAGCAAUUUGAAAGGCCGAAAUCACAUUCUGAACAUCACCAAUGAAGAAAACUACCGCGCUAUCUCCAAACUUCAAGUACAUCUCGACGACUGUUCAAAACGUUACGAAGAUCAGAGUCAAGAACUAGCUACGCUUACCCAGGAGAGAACGUCGUGGAGCGAGAAGGCGGCCCAACUGGAGUCUGACGCAGAAUGGAGCAAGAAGGAAUUGGACAUCAAAGCAGAAGCGUUGUCAAGACUUGAGAUCGAAGCCGCUACCAAAACUGCUGAUCUCGAAGCAAAAGACGCAGAGCUCGAGUCCACCAAGACUGAACUCGCCCAAGCCAAUACCAGGCUCAAUACCACUGAAUCCGAUCUUCAAGUGGCAGAGGAACAGCUCGACGAAACUAAAGCUAACCUCGAAUCAAUGAUUAACGACCUCGAAAGAAGCAAAACCGAGCUCUCCGAAUCCCGUACUGCCCUCGAGACUCUAGAUGCUGAGCUCAAAUUGGCGAAUAUCCGGCUAGAGGAGGCCGUGACAACGCUUGAAUCAACCAAGACACAACUUCAAGGGAGCAUUGACCAGUGCUCGUCUAUUCAAGUUGACCUCAAUGUCAAGUCAUCAGAUCUCGAAAGUCUCCACGUGAGCCUCGACGAAGAGAAAUCCGCCCUUACUGCAGCCCAGAGCGCACUUGAAAAGACCACGGCUGACCUUCAAUUGACAAGGGACGACCUUGAGAGGAAAAACACGAGACUUGGUGAGCUCAAUGCGUUGUCCUUCAAUCUAAAAUGUCCACCACAGGAUCAAACGCAACAGCAUCUACAAAACAUGUUUACGCUAUCUUACCACUGGGCUGAGAGUCUUUUUGCCAAUGACUUGGAAGAAACAGACUUCAUGGCCCCAACCGCGAGCACAAACUGGGCCAAGAUGCGCAACCACGGCCGAGUCCACCGCAUGAUACCCCUCCCCCUGUCCAACACACGCGAGGCCAAAAAGAUGCGCACCGCCGCCGUGCUGGCCAUACUCGCCUGGGCUCUAGCCCAGUAUGUUUUUCAGCCAACAUACCUCUUGCAAUGUAAUGAGCUCUGCGACUUGCUCGGAGGGUUAGCAGACGAUGAUCCAGUACGGGAAAAUUACCUCCGCAGCGUCUUGCUCCCCGUGCUACCAUCGAGACAAAAGGCCAAUGGCAAAAGACGCAUCGAACAGGUUGUGCUGGAGGUUUUUACUGCCGUUUCGCCCGUCUUACCGGCCAGUCGACACGACGAGAUUCGCACUAGCCUCGAGACCAUCUGCAAACAGAUCUGCGGACAGUGGAUGCGGCUCCAGCUUCUCGACGAGAAGAUCGAGCCCAGCUUUGACGCGUAUGAUGAAGAGGAUUGGAGACUCCUGCUGCUGGAUGGGAGCGAGGGCGAGACUUUGAAGACGCCGACUGGUACUAAUGUCAUUGCUGCUGCUGCUGCCGCGGCCGACGAAUCCGCCAUAGCCGACGAUGAUCGCCCCGACGGCGUGACCGACAUUGAAGAGAUCGCUGCUGUCCUAUGGCCAUCCUUCCUGUCCCUCGGCGGCGGCGAGUCGGAGCUGCUGUCCGAGGGCUUCGUCCUCGCCAAGGCCCAAGUCAAGCCCGCGUACAGCGAGGAAAGGGCCGCCCAGCAGAAUGGUGCCCACCGCGCCGCGCGACAAAUGAGCCGACGGGACCGGACCAAGUCCUUUACUACGACCGCCAAUGGCGAGGAUGAUGAUGCGAGCGGCUCGGACAAGACGUCUUUUUUACCCACGGACCCGGUCGAGGACGGCGGAGGCGGCGGCGGCGCGCAAUUAGUCCACGACCGCGAUAUUCCGUCGCCCAGCAGCAGCGACAAGAGGCCAGCGACCCAGGCAGGCAGCUGA